AUGCCUGAUAGCUUAGAAGAACGAUACAUCAGACUUAAAGUUAUCAGCGGAAUGAAUCUUAAAAUCUCCUCCUGGCGCAUUCUUGCUGGCAUUUACGUAUCCAUCAAUGUUAACUCCCGAAGCUGGAAUUCGGCUAUCAGUGUUUUGCCAUCUGACGAAUCUGUAGCGUGGGGAGAUACUGCGACUCUUCUCAGAUCAUCACACGCCUCACCUGCGUUAUCAGUGGAAACGAGAGCGUCCUAUGAGCUUGGCCAAAUGCUAGGCAGCGGAGAAGUCGGCGGGAAGCUUCGAACACCAUGGGAUAGGCUACUUGAUCAUGGUGAUGAGUUAUUUGAUCUAUUCUUCCCAUCCAUGUGUGGAGUCCCCACUUCCCUCACACUGAAGGCCACCGUUGUACGUGCUUGCGACGAUCAGGACGGUGUAUUCUUUGAUUCCCUCGUAGACUGCGAGAUUACUCGAGACACGGAUACGGGCUACGCACUAUUUACCGAAUAUAUGACGAGCAAGACGGUCUCUCACCUGCACGAUGCUGUGCAACACUUUCAGUUUGUCCUUGACCGAUAUUCAGUCGACCAUCCUGACCACGCAGAGGCUUUCACCAACUUUGCGUUUACCUGCCUAGAAGGUUAUAUGCGAGAUCAUCUUCAAGACAUUGACACCACUACUUCCCUCUUCCACCAAGCUCUUGCAUUGCGUUCGCAGGGUCACUCCGACCACACAUUAUACCCCUGUGAUCUCAUUAGAGGAUUUAUAUGGCCCUACGGCAAGGAGUCUGCCGCCGUCUACAUUCACGAAUCCACGCAGCUGUGGUGCAAGCUACUGCCUCCCUGUCCAGGAGGCUCCUGCCUUCGUAGCAUGCACGUAGACAGUGCGAUCGGUUAUGUGAUCGGUAAUCUUCCAAUUGACACAUCUGAUGAAGGCAUCCACCUUCGAUGGAACGUGCACCAGCUCUGUCUUCUGGAAUAUCAACUCCAUCCCAGAGCCCUUCGUUUGCUCCCAUUAGCAUUAGAAACCCGCUUCCAACAGUGCGGCAGCAUUCAUGACAUCGAUGAGAUUAUACAACUUCGUCGUGAAACUGCGUUUCUGUUCCCGGAGGGACAUUCUGACCAUGAUGACUACUUACACAAUGCGACCUGCUCACCCGAGUCUCGCUUUGACCACCGAGGCAACCCCAAUGACCUUGAUGAGGCCAUCUCUUUGUACGAAGAAGCGCUGCGCCUUGGGGGAUCUCUCAUUGGACAACCUAGGAUGUGCCCUCCCUCCUUCGCGAGGGACUGGCAUUGCACCCACCUGGGUGACACCACGCUUAACAACCUUGCCCUCGCGCUCAAUGAGGAUCUUAACGAGGCCAUUGAUCGGUAUCGCGAAUCCCUUCGGUUAAAGUGGCUUGAUGAUCCAGAGCGCCAUAGAACUCUUUACAAUUUGAGCUCGGCGCUCUGCUCUCGUUUCACGCACACCCGGAUGGAUGGAGAUGUCGAGGAGGCCAUUAUUCUCUGCCAAGAAUCAUUAGAGGCUUUGCCUUUACCCUGGACAGCCCUAUAUUUUGUCACUCGCUGUAGAAAACUUCAGACUGGCAUCAGGACACCCUACUCAAGGUUUUCCGAAUGUAUUCAAACUGCCUUGAAGUGGGUUGCUGAGGCCGAGGAUCAUCAACACGACUCUGCUCCCGCCGUCGUACACAGACUUGCAAGUGGCAGCACGUCACGGCACGGUCGUCAUCCUCGUUACCAGUCAAUAGUCUUGCAGCGCCAUUAUUAUCCCAACGUUAGGAGAGUGUUCCAUCGUGUUCUCCUGUCGUCUAUCGCUCUCGCAGAUCUGAGGAUUCUCAAGGAUCGCUUCACCAGGUCAAUAAGGCACGCGUCUCGGACGAACCCAGCUGAAUCGAGUACGGAUCUAAUAGUACUCUUGCGGUCAUUAUGGGACGAAAUCAUGCUACUCAUCGUCAACGUAUUCGAGCACAUCCUCAAACUAAAGCACCGCUCUCGAAUCUGGCCGUGUCUAACUGCAGCUUUCACGUCCAUUCCUCUCCAUGCAGCUAAUCCCUUUCAAACAAAGGCAGAUUGCUCUGGGAAGGAGUCAUGCGUGGAGGAUCUCUACAUCUAUUCUUAUACGCCGACACUUCCACCUCUAGUAGACAAAUGAUGAAGAAGCGCAUCACUCUAUCCUUCAUGUCGAUUAGACAAGGUUAAUCGGGUGCAGGGAAAGGCAUGACACUCUUGGCUGUCGACAGCGAGCUAAAGCUU